UAACGUCUAUACUAUUAUUAGAGAACAAUUUACAAAGAUCGAAGCGAAUGCUCGAAACAGCGAUACGAUGGUAACUACGUAGCUCGUGUCUAGCAGCGAAUGGGUUACCGGAGCUUCGCGAGAGCAAGGUGACCACGGAAACAGAGAGAAAACAACUGCGAGAUACUAAGGCGUCGGCGGUCGUCCGGAGAUGUCAGUCGCGCUCCCGCCGCCGGCCGAUUCCUCGCGAAAAUUCAUUCAUGGUGGGCGACAAUGGCGAAGGCGAGCGGGAGACCGACCCGUCCGUCCGUCCCGGCGGAGAACCGAUCGGUUUGGUUGGUCCGGAGGCCCCGGCACCGGCUGCCCGGCCCAGCAUUGGCUCCGUGUAAUGUGUAACAGCAUCGAGCGUGUAACGACCGGGACGGUUUGUGCCCCCUACCACCUGGACGGAGCCACGAUUCCUCGCGCACGCACGCACGUGCAGGGGGUACCGACUUACGUAGAGACGUUGACACACAGAAACACACGCACACGCGCACACACACACACGGAAGCCAAUUGGAGAGCCAAGACUUGGCCAAGUCUUUAUAAGUGGGAGCCAUCCGCGUCCUCAGGACUUACUCCCUCUCGGGAACGUGCCGCGAUCAGCAACCGAUUUCCAGAAUAGUUCCUGAAAACGACGUCCACCUGACCCAACCGGACACAGCCUGCCCGCGUCACUUGCGAGGAUCUCGUGGAUCGCGGAGGAUCGUUUUCUCCCUCGGCCGCUGGGAAAUCGGGACCGCCACGCGAAAUGAGGAUCGCCUGUCGCGGAUAAAUACAGGACCGACUUGAGUACUUGAUCCUGCAGAGACGAGCGAGAUUCGAGCCAUGUGGUCUGGACUGCGCGCACUAGGAGUUCUAAUAGCGCUGGGCUUGGCGACGCACACGGAGGCUGACCGCUACGAUUACUUCCAAAACCAGUACCGGCAGAACGACAAUGGGUUCGUGUGCACGGAAGAGGGGUACCAUCCCGAUCCUCGCGACUGCAGGGUCUACUACAGAUGCGUCGAUUGGGGGAACGGCAGCCCGUUGACCAAGUUUAGGUUCGAGUGCGGAGUCGACACGGUGUUCUCGGCGAACAGAGGAGACAUUUGUACUCACCCGAACGAUAGCGGACGACCGGAGUGCGGGGGAAACGAGAACGAGGUCGACUCGAGUAUUCCCGAUUCGUCGGAGACAGAUUCCACGCAAUGGACGACGGCGUCGACUGCCACGACCACGACGUCCACCACGCCGUCCACCACGACGUCCACCACGACUACAACUCAGAGGACGACAACUUCUUACCAAACGACUACUGGACGACCGUCAACGUCUUACCAGACCACCGCCGGCACAUCGACGAGUACGCAAUCAAAUAACGAUAAUGGCGGAACUACAUGCACGCAGGAGGGAUUCCUUUCUGAUCCGAAUGACUGCAAGAAGUUCUACAGAUGCGUCGACGAGGGAUCUGGAAUGUUUAGUAAAUACGAGUUCACGUGCGGGGUUGGAACUGUUUGGGAUCCACAGAUUCAAGGGUGUAAUCAUGCUUGGGCGGUAACCCGAGAAGAUUGUAAGGCGGGCUUACCAUCGGGCGCCGGCAGUAACGAUAAUAGUGGACAAUGGAACGGAGAUAACGGUGGACAAUGGAAUGGAGAUGCGGGAGAUAAUAGCGGACAAUGGAAUGGUGAUACGGGAGAUAAUGCCGGACAAUGGGAUGGUGAUACGGGUAGCCCCGGACAACCUGGAGACCCUAAUGGUCAGCCGGGACGACCCGGCGAUCCUAAUGGUCAGCCUGGACAACCCGGAGACCCUAAUGGACAGCCGGGACAACCUGGGGAUCCUAACGGACAACCGGGAUCACCGGGAACACCUGGUACACCCGGCUCACCUGGUACUCCUGGUUCACCUGGAACACCUGGAACGCCUGGUACUCCUGGAUCUUCUGGUACACCUGCAGCCUCGUCAACAACUGCCUCAUCGUCAAGUACUUCAUCAAGUCCCGCAUCCUCUAGUCCAUCAACCGCUUCAUCCUCCACUAGCACAACAACCGUCGCACCAAGCAGUAGUUCCACAGCAGUCUCGUCAACGACACUACCUCCUUCAGCAACGACUACUCCCAGUGCAGGCACAACUCAAUCCACAGCAUCAGGUGUUACAGAAUCAGUUUCUUACUUGCCCCCUGCGGAAUCGACAACUACGACAACGACGACAACCGGCGCGCAAUCUACUACGGCCGCUUUGUCUCCUGGAACAUCACAGUGCACGGCCGAAGGUUUCUUCCCCAAUCCAACCGACUGUACGAAAUUCUAUCGCUGCGUGCCAAGCGAAAACGGAUUCCAAAGAUACGACUUCGCAUGCGCGGAGGGUACAGCUUGGGACCAGUCCAUCCAAACGUGCAAUUACAUAAGUCAAGUUUCCUGUUCGACGGAAAGCAAUGAGAUUGAUCACGGACCCACUGCAAGUACACCGUCUACUAGUCUAACACCACCGAUUGGCCCCACUAGCUCCGCUUCAACGGAGGCAACCACAAAGACACCGGAAAAUACUCAAUCUACGAGUACUUCGCAACCUUCGUCGACAGCAGCCACAAGUUCAGAGUCAAGCACACCGUCCACUAGUCUAACACCACCAGUUGGCCCCACUAGCUCCUCUUCAACUGAGGCAACCACAAAGGCACCGGAAAAUACUCAAUCUACGAGUACUUCGCAACCUUCGUCUACAGCAGCAGGUUCAGAAUCAAGCACACCGUCAACUGUCUCCAGCGGUCCCGACUGCACCACAAAGGCACCGAACAACACUAUAGUUUGCAACAAAGAAGGUUUCUAUCCACAUCCGACGCAGUGCGAUAAAUUUUACCGCUGCGUCGCCAAUGAAAACGGUUUCAACGUGUACCACUUCAAUUGUGGGCCUGGAACCAUAUUCGAUCCUAGUAUUAACGUGUGCAACCAUCCUGAGUCGGUUUACCCUCCAAGAGAUUGCGAUAUGCCAACGUCUACUCCCAGUACCUCCACCGAAAGCUCCACGGAAUCUUCGACGGCGACCAGUUCUGCAGAUAUUACUGAUUCGACCACAGAGUCUACUAGUGAACCGACUACGGAAUCUACAAGCGAAGCUACGACGGAGUCCACAAGUGAACCAACUACGGAGUCCACAAGCGAAGCAACCACGGAGUCUACAAGUGAACCAACGACGGAGUCCACAAGCGAAGCAACCACGGAGUCUACAAGUGAACCAACGACGGAGUCUACAAGCGAAGCAACGACGGAGUCUACAAGUGAAGCAACGACGGAGUCUACAAGUGAACCAACGACGGAGUCUACAAGCGAAGCAACGACGGAGUCUACAAGUGAAGCAACGACGGAGUCUACAAGUGAACCAACGACGGAGUCCACAAGCCAAGCAACUACGGAGUCGACAAGCGAAGCAACGACGGAGUCUACAUCGGAAGCAACUACUGAAUCUUCAACUGAAGGAACGACACAAUCCACGUCUGAAGCAACUACGGAGUCUACAAGUGAAACCUCUACAGAAUCUACGACCCAAUUGAUUACAGAAUCAACUACGGAAUCUGUAUCUGAGGCUACCACAGAAUCUACCUCCGAGGCGAACAUUGAGUCCACUUCUGAAGCAACUACAGAGUCCAGUACCGAAUCUACAUCCGAGGCUACUACCGAGUCUACAACCGAACCUAAUCCACAGUCUAUAACUGAGAUGAUUAGUACAACGCCUUCAUCCGUUGAGACUACUACAGAGCCUACAACAACACGUCCUUGUCCAGUUGGAAACUUAACUGCUGACCAGAUAACGUUAGUUUGCCCAACUGGCUUCCGAAGGCAUUCGAAGUACUGCAAUCUGUUCUAUCAAUGUACCAAUGAAGCUGAUAUGGAGUAUAAGAUUUUGGUACUGAGCUGUCCGAAAGAUACAAUUUACGACGAACAGAAGAUACAGUGUCUGCCCGAAAAUAAGACCAGUCAAGCUUGCAUGGGUACCACAACCAGUGAAAGAUUGAACAGAAAAUUGGAGGCGAGUCCUGUGUCCCCUGUAAGAGUGUCGGCUGAACCGCUCUGUCCAGGGGAAGGACACUAUCCUUACAGGCAAGGCUGCAGCAACACAUUCUUCAAAUGCAAACGCGACUCCAGGAACAAUCUUCAGGGUUAUUUGUACAAGUGCCCGGAGAACUUCUUGUAUUGGUCAAUUUCAAGGCGAUGCGAACGCGCCACGCGUUUGCCGAUGUGCGCUCAUAUGUCUUAUAGAACAAAGAGCGAUUUCUGGGACAAUCGAUGGCAAAUACCAGUUGAAGACUCUAAUCUCUCGGCCAGAAGUCUACGUCUCUUCUAAGCGUUCAGAGAACACUUUCUGACUCGUUAAAAAUCCUUCAGAGGUCUGAAAGGACAGUAUAACUCUCAGGUCAUUUUCCAAUAAUCAUUUCAUGAUUUCUAAGGAGAGAAAAAUCAAUUGUUAGACAAUGGAACAUUGUCUUCGCAACAUGGCUGCGGAAGAUCCCGCGAAGAUGUGCUCCAUGGAUCUUCAGCAGCCAUCUUGUCGUGAUUUCUAAUCAAUUAGGUAUAUAGAUAUAAUGGUGUCGUUCGGUCCUUGGUAACUUUUAUGUUGUCGACUGACGACUGGCCAACCAAUCGAUAAUUUUUCCGCAGUUUUUCUCGUCGGGUUUAGAAAAAUUGCUGGAAAACCGAGCAUCGCGAACGCGCUGGGAUUUUUGGUUGCGGGACUCGUAUACAAUAUGCAGCUAUAUUCAGUAAUUUAUACCGUAUUUGUAUUUAUUAAGCUAAUCAACUUUGGCGUCUGCGUGUUCGCGUUUAUAAAGAAUUCCCCUCCGAAAAUGUUUUGUAACAUUUGUAUUCUGUCCUGCGUGAAUGUAUGAGUACUGAUGAACGACACAGACAAUGGGAAUAGCGAUUGAUGCAUGUAAUACUUACUUUCGUUCUGAACGGAUACGCUUGAACGCGCCGAAAUGAUUUGUUACAUCGACUACGCGCCAUUUUCUGAACGCAGUACAAAGUAUCAAUAGCUUCGCAAAGAUGAUUGUGUAUAUAAUCGCAAUUCAAUGAUACCGAUCGUUGAUUCCUCGGUCAAAAAUGCUGCAGACAUUUCUUGGUGUCGUUUCGUGACGUCGAGAUAUCGUGAAGUGAUAUCGGUGCUAGAUACUUAUUAUUUAAAGUAAGCGAGCCCUACGUUCAACAGAUUUGGCAUGAUCUAGAAUAGAGGCGGUUAGUGUAAUUGUCGAAUUGCGUAUGAGUACCAAGUGUGUUUGUAUUAGAUCUCUUUUGGAACUGAUAUAAAUAAAUGAUAAGAUUCUCGACACAGCGAGUUUGAUGAACCUUUUAUAAAUCUUUCUAAGUGUGCGUAUAAGUAAGUAUUUGCUUACCAGUAACAUUG